CCAAGCGCAAGCGACGAGGUGUGAGAACAGUUUGAGAGGAACGAGUUCUUCUUUGAUGAGAUAUGCGCGGAAGUUUCCAUUCUACAUGUAUGUCAUUUGCCACGUAAAAUAAAAACUCAAUCGACGCAAGCUCGUCAGAUGAAUAAUUCAUACUGUUGAUUUUUUAUAUUGAUACAACAUUGGUCAGACAGGCCUUUUGUGCACAGAUCAACCCUUUUGCGGUUCUCGUUUUUUUACAAGAGUACAGCGCCUCCGCCAUCGAGCAGGUGUGCUCAGGUGCAUGUCUAACUGAAACAAAUCUACUUAGUUUCUACGCUAAAUUUUAGAUUUAGCACGUAAAGAGUUCUAGUGCUUGCUAGCGAUCUGGUAUUGCAAGGAUAAACAGUCACCCUUACUACAUCUAAAUAAAUACAGAUCGUAGGCUCGACAAGAAGGACUUGACUUUGGUUUCUCUUGCUUCUUAGUUGUUGGCCUUCAUGGGGCAGGUAUUGGAAUUUUGUUAACAUAUCUUUACUUUUUUCUUGCAUGAUUGAUGUACAUUAUCGAGACUUUGAAAGACUGAUAUUGCGGUCGCCAACUGCAUGACCCUCUUCUUAUAGACCUGAAGUAGCAUUGCUCUGAUUCCAGACGCUGGAUCUCUGCGAGAACGCCGGAACGCCGGAGCAGGUCGAGUGUGUUUUGCAGCGCGUUGCCAAAAAGCGCGUCGCUAGCUUUUUUUCGCACCCCUGGGCGGCAUACACACGAUAUUACAGCGCCAAGCGUUAUACGUGAAUCACAUGAGGACAUUAAGCCAGCGGAACGCAUAACGAGAAAUCCAAUUUGGCGAGCGUAAAGGCAAAGCUAACAAGGGGGAUAGUAAAGCACGACAAGAAAGUAUCUUCUACUCCGACAAGCUAGAAGAGGGAAAAUGUUGGACGACAUCGUCAGAUGGACAAGGGCCAAUAUGGUCGUGAAUAACCCACGAGUCGAUUUUUGGCCAGAUGCAGAGAUGGUAGGGCUGCGAAUAGCAAUGUUCGUCGGCGCUAGGUAAGACGACAUCUACAACUAGUUAUGUUAAUACAGAAAAAUUGAGGAGCAGUAGCAGUGCGCGUUUUGGAUGAAGGGAUUUUCAAUCGUGAAAGCACAAUCGCUUGCUUUGAAUUUUUUAGCUGUGCUGUUCAUGAAUUUGUGAUUUAAAAAGACUGCGAACAAUUUUCUCACACUUCUCUGAUCAGGUUUUGCUUCUCCGGUGCAUACAAUAAACACUUCAGAAGGAUACCAUGCAUUCUGGAUUUUGUCAUGAAGCCGAAAGAUAUGGACGACACGAAAAAAAGCAAGUACUCACGAUCUUUUACACUGGUUGAAUCGUUAGGUUCUAUCUGAGUACAAUUGUUGGGCACUCGAUGACAAAUCUGAUGUCUAAGUGUCCUCCGAAAUUCUGGAGUAAUGGAGAAUAAUCCCGUUCCCAAGUUUGAAUCUGAAAAUCAAAUGAAGUUCAUGUCGAAUCGUGAUCAUGACAACAACAUCUAGGUUCUUCGAAAAUUUGUGGUACACGCUGUGGCACAGCACGUCUUUUUAUUGGGCCGCUAGCCUUUUUUUCACUCAAUCGUGGCGGACGGACUUGUACCGUGGCGAGUUCCACGUUUUAUUCAUGGGAUGGAAGCGGCAGGACAUGGGUGCGGAUCUACACCGUUGGUAUUCGUUCGAAAUGGCCUUUUGGAUAUCGAGUUUAGUUUACCUGUUCUUGGAGAAAGCAAGGAAGGAUUUUUUCAUCAUGCUUGCGCACCAUUUGGCAACCUCCUUGCUGUUGGCUGGGAGCUUCUUGUGGAACUACUGGCGGAUAGGGUUGUGCGUACUGCUCUUGCAUGAUGUUAGCGACGUAUUCUUGUAUGCAACAAAAUCUGGAAAAGACCACCUGCCGCGCGCAGUAACGGAAGGCCUCUUUGUCUGUUUGGCCAUUAGCUACUUCGUUCUGCGGAUGAUGAUUUAUCCAGGAGUGUGCGUAUACACGGCAAUCCGUACAGGCUACGCGCCCUUCGUGGAUCCCAUCUUAGCAACUCUGUUCGGCGCCGAACCGUUUCCAACUGACCCUGAGAUGAUCGCGGCCGGUGUGGGUUGCUACAGUGCACCAAUACUCCUCUCAGUUCUCUUCGUGCUGCAUUGCAUCUGGUUCACCAUGAUAAUACAAGUGGCUAAAAAGGCGCUAAGGACGUCGUUACAUGACACUGGUGAUAUACGCUCAGAUUCAGACUGUAGUCCUGUAAGCUCACCCGUGAACCAGUGUGCGAAGCCUUCAAGGGAAAUAGAAAUGAAACUAGCACCAGAGCAGGGGAAAAACAUACUGCGCUCUCGCGGUCCUGACAGCAACACGAGCGCGAAUAAACUGAUGGCCCCCUCACGAAAUGAAAAAAACGUAAGGCACAAGAAAAUUGACGACGAUCGUUGAAUUUGCUGCUUGCAUUUCGUUUGAGAGUAGACCAGAUACGUUUUUUGCACUGUUUCACCGUGCCUAAUCGCGCAUAUCUAUUGAAUAGUCCUUUCAGCUACAAGUACAUUACAAAGUAUGAUGACUUCCGAUUGCUGGUGCAAAGAGUUUCAGAAUCGGUUUUGCCGCGAUCCGCGAUGUCUUAGGUGUAGUACAGAUUUGAAGCGCGACCUCAAUUCUUUGGGCGUCUUCACCUCAGGUAGGGCCCCAGGAUUAUAAGCCCUUUGAUCCCUUCUAUCGUUGGUUCACGUAUAUUCGUUGAUAGAUUUCCUCACGUUACACCUGUCGCCCUUUUGAGGGCGCAGCGAAUCGCAUAGUCUAGGUGCUGGUAUGCUAGCCAGUGGACGGCUUGAUGAAUGAAUAUGAUGACUUGUUCUGUUCUGUUUUGACUUUGCAUCGCGUCGCAAAUAUCUAACUCUUCGGACUCGAGGGAUAUCAGAAAGAGACGAAAAAUUGUGCAUGUUAGUCUUUGAAUUAGGAACUACAUAGAGAACUUUUCGGAACUUUUCUAGUGGGAACCGCCAAAGUUGCUUGAAGGCAAAAUAGCUUAUGAAAUGCGAGCGCGUUGGAGCUGCUUUUUUUAGAUUUUGCCAACUCCGAUUUUUGUGUUCACUCGACGCCGCGGAUCUUGUUUAGUUCUCCUGCACGUCUGAUCUCGAGCGGAAUACUAUUGGGGAAUGCUAUCCUUGUUAGGAAACGUUCUGGGUUCCCAUAAUCUCUCAAAUCUAAGUUGGUUCACCAAAGUGAAAAUAGGAGGAUAUUUUGAUUGCAGUUCCACGGUCGAUUUCCACAGCCGGUUCAUCCUCAGUGGUUCUCGUUCUCCGUGGAGAUCUCCCUUAAGGCUCGUUCUGGUACACAAGAGAUCCCGAAAAAGAAUGUUUUCCUGCAUUUCCGAUCUGUGCUUAACUGUCCACCUGGUCGAUGGUUCUGAU